UUUGAAGAUAUUUCAUACAAGGAUUUUCAAUAGAAAUAGUUUUCUUAUUCUUCAUUUUCUAACAAAAUUUUGCGAGGUUUAUUUAGGAAUUGAGUGAUGCCAACCGCUAGAGCUCUGGUUCGACCUGGGUUCUAUCUGGUUUGACAGUCAAGGUGAAAAUGAUGCAGCAAAAAGGCCUUCUAGUGAACUUCUUCUGAAAAGGAUUCCUGAUGGAAACUCUCUGAAUAUAUAUAUCGUAGAACUUGGUUUUGGAGUGUGAGAACCAUGGAAAACUGAAAUUUCAAGGUGUUGUACUUCACAAGUGGCUAUUCAAUGGCUUCAGACGAAUUGGUUGAGCUCAAAUUGAGGCUUUGCAAUGGCACUGACAUUGGGCCCAACAAGUAUAAUCCUUCUACCACUGUAGGAUCUCUGAAGGAAAUUAUACUUGCUCAAUGGCCUCAAGACAAAGCAAAUGGGCCAAAGACAAUAAAUGAUGUGAAGCUCAUCAAUGCAGGAAGGAUACUGGAAAAUAGCAAGACCCUUGCUGAGUCUAGGGUACCAUUCAGUGGACUUCACGGUGGGAUCAUCACUAUGCAUGUUGUUGUGCAGACUCCCUUAACCAAGAAGAAAAAUGAGAGUCUGCUGGUCGAUUCCCCAAAGAACAGGUGUUCAUGCUCAAUACUGUGACUGUUAUUACCACGGCAAACUCGUCUUAAGUUGGUUCUUUUAUGCAUCUGCAGACGUUUCCAGUGGCCUAACUGCUGAGUAAUGAGUAGGUGAAGUGGCUCUUCUGAGCAUGGGAGAGGGAGAUCUCUUUAAAGUUUAAAACUGUGCACAGCCUUGGCUAUGAGCUUGUGGUUGCUUAAAUUGUGCAUGGUGUUCAUUCACGUUUGAGAUGGAAGUGGAAUUUGUUUUAUAGAUUUAGAAUCUAGCUAGGUCAAUCAAAUGAUAUCCGCAGAGGAGAAUGACAACAAGACGGAAUCAAAAGAAAAACAUUGUUGGGUGGGGAAUCGUUGCAACUUCUGAAUACCCUUUAAAUGAUAGAUGAAUAAAUGAUAAUUCCUUAUUAUAACUUUUGUGAGCACAUCUAUGUUACAUU